UCAGAAUCAGAUGAUGAACUGAACUGAACUGAACUGCUCCAGACUCGGUUGUGCAGCAUGACGGAGGCGGCGAUUAUUAAGAAUAUCUGCGCUAAUAACGGCUCCAUCGCCUAUGCGGACCUGCUGUCUGCUCUGGGCAUGUAUGAUGAGGCUCAGGAUGUCCUGGAUGUGCUCAUCAGCCGCAGUGAGAACUGCACGGUCGGCUUCUUCAGCGGACAGAAGCGAGUCAUCGUCCGUACCAAAGUGCGCCUGUGUCGGAUUCAGAACUGCCCCGCCUGCGACAACCUGCACCUGUGCAAAGGCUUUCUGUUCGGGUUUUGCCGUUUCGACAGAGGAAGGAGAGGAUGCCGCUUCAGUCAUGAUCUCGAUUCUGCUCAUAAUCUGAUGGUUCUGAUGGCUAACGGCCUGAACACACUCGACCUGAAAGAGCUGCGGAUCCUGCUUCUGCAGAGCGACAACACACUCCUGCCGGCGGUGUGUCACUCCUAUAAUAAUGGCGUGGGUGAGUACGGCCGCUGUCUGGACGCGGAGGCCUGUAAGCGGCUGCACAUCUGCGAGCGCUACCUGCAGGGUCACUGCGACUGCACGCGCGCUCACGACUUCUACGAACCGCAUCCGCUGAAGACGCUGCAGGACCGCGGCGUCCCUACUGAGCUCAUGGCCCUGAUGAAGGAUCUGUACUCCAACAUCGAGGCCCUGCGGCGGACCAACAGGAACAAACCAAACACGGCUCCAAACAACAGGAGAGGCCCGAAUGUGAACAACCGCAGGUCAUCCAGUGUGGAGUUUACUGCAGCCAACAGAGAAACUGAGGCGACUCAGCACACUUACACUGGUAACACACACUCACAAAUUCACUAA